ACCCGACCCCAGAAAGGGGAAAACUCCCAAAAAUAAAGAAAUAGCACUUUUUUUAUUUUAUUUUUUUUAAUUCAUAAAUUGCCUAUCCUCACUUAGAGUUGGACCCCACAGGACCACGGAAAGGAAAAACUUUGCCGCAAAACUGUUUCGGGAACCCCACAGCCUGCAGCAGAUGUCCACGGAACAGAUGUCCACGGAAAGGGAGGAGGAGGAGGAGGAGGAGAAGAAGGUCGACACGAAGAGGGAGGUGUUCGAUUCCGCUAUUGACAAUGUCAUUUUUCCGGAGGCCAAUGAUGAUAACGAGUCUGAGGGGAAGAGGACGGGUAGGAGGAGGAGAGAACAAGAAGAACCAGCUGCUCAAUACCCCUGGCUUCAACUCGACAAAUCGCUGCUCACUCUCUAUGGCAAUAUAUUACCUGAUAAUUCUUCCUAUCAGGGACGUUAUAUUCACGCUCUCAUCCUCUCUCAGGAUGGAAGCACCAUCUACUUCGCUCACGACCGGUAUGGACACGAUAGCCAGAUCGCCAAAGCCGUCCAAUUGCCUACUCCAUCGUCUUUCCCGCCAUCUCCAUCAUCUGGUUCACCUCUCAGUCUGUCCUACAACGUGUCCAAUAUCCUCAACCAAGAAAUCAACAUCUCCGGCAGCGGCGUAUCCAAUCGUGUCACAGGCUUGGAAGUCUUGGAAGAUAACGUAACGUUGCUCGUUGGGUAUCACCAGAGACAGGAGAUCCGCCAGUUAUGGGUGGAGGAUGGGACAGAGGAGGAGUUCAUUGCCGAUUCCUCAGCAGCUCAAUUUGGCAUGGCCAGGCAUCCAAAGGAGCUGUCGCUGUUUGUGAGCUCGCCUAAUCAGAUUCAGAGGAUGCCCCUUCAACAAGGGUCUCCCAUCGAGUCGUUCACCACGCUAGCUGGGGCUACCGUGGACGGUCGUAUCGACGGCAUAGGACCCACUGCUCGGUUUGGAGCGAGCGGCCCUAGGAUUGUCCCCCGAUGCAUUUCAUCGGACGGCUCCUUCCUCUACGUUGGCGAUCGGAGCAAUCUUGUCGUCAGGCGAGUGAACUCCUUCACCGGAGAGACGCAAACGGUCAGCUUUGCUAACGGAACACAGGUUGMMAUGCCCUUCGGUCCGUUAGCCGCCGUUAUAACUUYGGAUCAUUGCAAUCUGUUYGUCACGGGAUGGACGAACUACAACAGGCCCACGGGACAGCCGUCAAUGGUGCGAUGGGUGGCCCUCGACGCGCCACAUGGCAAUGUCUUGUGGACGCAAGACGUUGUCAUCUUCAAUCGCACGCGUCCAUCCAUCUUCGACAACGAGGAAUGGACAGGGGUCAACGAGCCAUCCCGUCUGUUGCUCAGUCACAAGGACGCAGAUUUGUACGUGGCAACGAGUAAUGGGGAGAUAUUCCACUUCGCCAUUAACCGCAGCGCUCUGCACAAGUGCGGGCCCAUCGAUCCUGCUAACCCUCCAGGGUUCGGUCCCCUUCCACGGUACGAUCGCCCACCUCCCACCUCGUCCUCCUCCUCCUCCUCCUCCGAUGGAAUGUCCGUUCUCACAAGACUCUGCUUUCACUCGGAGAGGGACAGCGACGGCGCAAAUGCUGCCUCUGCAGCUCAUCAGGCUGAGCCCAAGACGCAGCAGCAGCGAUGGCUACGUUCAUGCAUCUUCUUUGGCCGUCCGAAUAGCACCCUCUCUGCRAAAGAUAWAGCCUGCAGCGUUGAUUCCAAGGCCACCACCAGGUCCUCCUCGACGAUGACGACAUCUCUCUCUCUCCUCCAAGGCGAUAGAUUAGAGUUAGCGGCCAUCUCUAUGAAGCUUGACCAUCUGGAUGCCCCUCGGCCAGUCCCCUUCGCGGACCUGCGGGAGGCGAUGGAUGGCUUCAGUGAUACGCACAAGGUGGUGGGAGCAAGGUGCGGCUUUGGUGACCUAUACCGGGCGACCUUGAGGGUGGGAGGUGAAGGGGGGGAGAUGGCUGACGUGGCGCUGAAGGUGAUGAGGGGUGCGCUAGACGAGCUGAAGAGCAAGCAGUUCCUCUCCGAAGUGACGACACUCAGCCGCGCCCGCCACGUCCAUCUCUGCAAGCUCCUCGGCUACUGCGUGGAGGGCAACAUGGUCGUCCUUGUCUAUCCCUUCGUCGCGGGCGGCAGUUUACACGACCGUCUUCACCCUCGUCCUCUGAGUUGGCCCUCUGCCCAGGCCCCCCUGCCUUCUCCUCCUACUCCAGUACAACACCCUCCUCUUUGUGCUCCCUUGGGUUGGCGGUCGCGACUGUCCGUUGCGCUCCAGAUCGGGACUGCAUUAAGGUACCUCCACGAGGAGUUGGACCCCCCGCUCUUGCAUCGGGACGUCAAGAGCAGCAAUGUCCUCGUCGAGGGGUCCGGAGAGGCGGCCAAGGCCUAUCUGACCGACUUCGGCCUCGCGAGGCUUGGCAACSCCAGCUCAGGCUUGAAAAGGGGUCGGGAUACCGUGCAGACAGCAUUUCGAGCAGGCACGAUUGGGUACAUGGCCCCCGAGUAUGCCAUUGAGCUGAAACUCACGGCCAAAAAUGACGUCUAUGCCUUCGGUGUGAUUCUGCUGGAGAUGGUCCGCCAUGGAGGCCGCAGCCCUUAGGCUGCGCUAUACCUCGUCGAUUUGACGUAGGAGCGAACGGUCGUUGUGCACCGACCGGUCAGGAGGGUAGUUGGGAGGCCGGGCAAAGUCGAAGAGGGCUCAAAAGAGGGUUUGGAUGUGGUCGCCGUCAAAAAGCCCAGGGCAUGGCCUUCUUUUUCUUGUUCAAAUGCCCCGACCGGUCUGUCCAGUAUUCGGGGUUUKGGGGGGCGAUGCUGAAGGCUCCGUGUUUUCGGCAGA